UGGCCACUGGCAGUUGUAGGCAUUCUUGUUCGUGCCGAAAGGCUUGGCAUGACUUCUGUAAGUUUUUGGCAUAAGAAAUAAACGCUAGUCGGUAGCUGCUAACAGGUUUGGGCACCGCUAGCUAAUUAACAGUUGACAAAAUAAAUUAUUUUGAGGUUUCAUUUGUAGCGAGAUAGUUAAGAGAUUAAGAGACAGAUGGUGGUAUCUGACGUUAAAAGCUAGCUAAGUUAGUGAACACUGUUUGGCACCAAGUACCUCUCAUAUCUGACUAGUAUAACGUUACGUUGCUUAUUUGACUAAAAGGUAUGCAGUGACGUCAAAAGCCGUUUCCAGAACAUUUUGGAUACCGAGCUAACUUCGGCCUUUGUUUUAUUUAGCUAACAGUUCUCUAGCUGCCUGUUUUCUGUGGUCGUAGCUCACUUGCUACAUCCACUUUACUUGUCUUGUUUGGUAGCUAGGUAAGCUAACUUAGCUGGCUAAAUUAUCCGAUUGCUUAUUUAAUUGAAGCGAUGGACUAGAAAUGUUCUCCGGACAGACGAAAACGACUUGGAGAACGUCAGCUAGCUAACAUUAUCUAAUAGCAGCAAUGUUAACUCGCAUCAUAAAUCAUAAGAUCAGAUUGGAGCAGACUGACUUCAGCUCACAAGUCCUCUGAUCUAGGAAAUAGGGGGAGGGAAAGAAAUUCCCCCCAUUUCUCAACCGAACAAAGCCGAAAAGCGUUCCUUUCAGCACGAGCAGGAUGGCUUUGAAAACAUUGUUCCUGUGGAUCAUUUUUCUGUGGGGUGUAUCUGGAGACUAUGCCCCUGAGGCGGUGCAAUACAACAUGGAGUUCCCGGGUAUGGACAACAACCUGCCCAUCGUCACUCGACCCGCCAACGCCAGUCGCAUUUUCUACGGCGUGAUGUUCGACGCUGGCAGCACCGGCACCCGGAUUCACGUCUACACCUUCAUCCAGAAAGCCCGCGACGAGCUGCCGGUGUUGGAUAAUGAGAUGUUCCAGUCACUGAAGCCAGGACUGUCCGCCUAUGCAGAUGCACCUGAAAAGGGCGGGGACACGGUGAGGCGGCUUUUGAAGGUGGUGAAGAGGACGGUGCCUCGCGUGGAGUGGAAGAGGACCCCUGUCAUGCUGAGGGCCACGGCAGGCCUCCGACUCCUCCCUGAGGAGAAGGCCCAGGCCCUUCUCCAGCAGGUCCAACAGGUCUUCGACGAAUCUCCAUUUUUCAUCCCAAAGGACAGUGUCGGCAUAAUGGAUGGAACAAACGAAGGGAUCCUGGCCUGGGUGACAGUGAAUUUUCUGACAGGUCACUUGUACUCCAACAGCAAACAGACAGUGGGAACCUUGGAUUUAGGUGGGGGUUCGACCCAAAUCACCUUUCUCCCCAAAUCUAAGAAAACUAUUGAAGUGGCUCCUGCUGACUACGUGGCUAAAUUUGACAUGUUCAACACCACUUACAAGCUGUACACACACAGUUACCUUGGAAACGGACUGAAAGCAGCAAGGCUGGCAACCCUUGGAGCCCUAGGAGCUGAAGGGUUGCAGUGGAGGGUUUUCACAAGCUCCUGUCUGCCAAAGAAAUUCAGUACGAACUGGACCUUUGGUGGGAUCACUUACCAAGUCAGCGGUGUGGAGGCUGGCACCUCAGGGUUCAAGCUCUGCUACGAGGAGGUCCUGAAAGUGGUGAAGGGCGUCGUGCACCAGCCAAUGGAGCUGAAAGGGGACAGCGUCUUCUAUGCCUUCUCCUACUACUUUGACAGGGCCGUGGACACGGGCCUCAUCGACGGCUCUCAAGGAGGGGCGGUAGAAGUCAGAGAUUUCAAGAAGAGGGCCAAAGAUGUUUGUAAUAAAAUGGCCAAGUACCCCACUGUCAGCCCUUUCCUGUGCAUGGACAUGACCUACAUCACCUGCCUGCUGAAGGAGGGCUUUGGUUUUAAGGAGAACACCGUCCUGCAGCUCACCAAGAAGGUGAAGGACGUGGAGGCGAGUUGGGCCUUGGGUGCCACCUUCGACCACUUCCAUAAACUGAACAUUCACUGAAGUUGCAGAGGCAAGACCCUAUAGACCCGCUCCUUCCAGACCACGUCAAUCUGGCUAUCAUUUCAGAAACACUGCACAAUAAGGAAUACUCUAUGUAGUCAGCUCUAAAUUAAUCUUGUCUUUUCUAUGUUUAAACUUGAAGGCUCCAGAACCACAAAGAAUGAAUGAAUUAAUAUGAAUUGACCUCGUUUAAAAUGAAAUUAGCUAGUCAUCCCACAGUGAUGAUGGUUAACAAUAUUGGGGACACUCACUACUAGCACCCAUGUUGGUGAUGAACAGCAGCCAUUUUGAGCCAAUGGUCAUUACACAGGUAAUUAUUUAGUCAAAUGAAAGCUUACUACAACUGACCAGAUCAGUGAAAUUUUUAGUGGAAAACAAAGUUUGACAGAAUCCUUGACUGGAAUUGAUUGGCAGCUAUUUUUUAGUCUUAUACAAUAUGACCAGUCCUUAAAGCUUAAAAAUGACCGUAUAAAACCGUAUCUUAUUGAUUUACUUCCCCAUGUGAAAGAAUAGUUUGCUGAAGUAUACUUUUGUACUAUAAUUCAAGUUUAUAUCAUGUCUGCCAAGUAUACUAUUUUUUCACAUGGGUCAGCUUGAAAUUCUGCGUCUCUACAUGGACACAGGAAAAGGGCAAGAACUGAUGACUCACUACUUGGUUUACGCAGAAUGAGUAAGCUGUCAUUGUAAUUGCAUAACUGAUAAUUACAGUAUACAGUUUGGAUCCCACUGACGUCAGACGUCAUCAAAGUUACACAUGCAGUUAUUAGGUAUUUUAAGCUCUUUAAGCACCUUCAACAUGGGAAUUCAUGUAAUGUUAGGCUUGAUUACUGCUAUUUUGGUGGAGGACUGCAAAACCACACUUAGUGGAUCCAGAAUCCAAGGUUUUGUCAUAAAUUUGGAAACAUUAAUAAAUUAAUUGGCAUGAACAAAAUGCCACGUUUAAAGAAAUAUACUGAAAAUAAUCCCAGCCUGUCAUCUAAAGGAAUGCACAACAAUGGCUGAUCUGUCUCAGGACUUCUGCUCUUAAUUAUAGCUCAUAAGGUACAAUAGGGAAUUGCAGCAGCAAACAACCUCAAACCACAACACGGUUUAUCCCCCCACGCCAUCGGCUGUGGCAAUUGGAACCAAUUUUCAAUCAAGAGUUUGAAUUAUCGUGCAACUAUACAAUGUUUCAGCACGGUGUCUGUCCACCAACUGUAUAUUUUGAAACCCGAAUUUAAGGACUAUAAAAACAGGCAGAGGGUGAGUCAACAUGUCAGUGAGCCUUUUUCAAUGAUAGGAAGGGAUUUACAAUGGUCUUGUAACAAUGUUUUAACACACAAAUCUUAACUAAUUGUAAUUUAAUAAGCUCAAACAUAUCUUCAUCUUGCAUAAGCAACGGUAUCCGCGGACUGCAAGUUUAUCCUAAGGAUUUUACUGUGCUCAAGUUCAGGAGUGAACCAGCCUUGUUCAUAGAGCUGUGAGCAAAGUGAAAUUGGUUGGAACGAAAACGACCACGCAGCUGGGCCCUCCAGGACCAGACUGUAUACCCCUGGAAUAUAGAAUCGCUAAGAUGUUUGCCGUUCUGUCUGUAGUGCACAUAACACUUUAAUCGCCGAUAAUGUAGCUAAUAUGAUCUCGCUUCAUAGUGCUCAAGAGUUGUACAUAUUCUUAUUAACGGGAAAGCUUCAUGUUUACAAUAACAGCUCAGGGUAAAAUAACGCACAUUAUUUAUUUCAUAAUACUUACUCUUAGUGAAUAUGCCUUAAAUUUGAUUAAUAUGUAUGACUAAAUCUGUUAUCUGGUAUUAUUCAUGUUCAGGUUUUAGUCAUUAGUGAGGAAAUACUCUUAGUAUGUUUUUACUGAUUAUAAUGCAGGGGGCUCAUUUGAAUGGAAUUGCUUUUGAAAGUGUUGUUUUAACUAGGCCUUUUGUGGUCAAUUAUUUAUUAGGGAGUGCAAUAACGUACUGGGUGAAAUAAUAAAAUACUUGCUUUAUGUACAGCAUACAGAAUACAAGUUGGUUGAUGUCUUAAUAUCAUUGUGGCAAAUUAAACAAACCUUACCUGUUAGCAAGUCUAUACUGCCGUUGAUACACUGGGAACAAACGAUGCAAGGAGCAUACUGCACAUGGUAGUAUAUCAUCAUAUCAUAUGGACAGACCAGGUUAUGUUGCCUUGAAAUCCUAGAAUUUGUGAAAUGUUGAGACGUGUAUUUUUAUGCUGUAUUAAACCAUUCAAUAUUUCUA